AUGAGCACAUUCAAGACGGGAGAUAAUGUUAUUUUUCGUCACCCAGAGCAUUCAUGGGUGAUGGGAGUUGUUGAAAGCGUUUCAAAAGAAGGUAUAGUCUGUAUUACAAAGGAUGAUAUAAGAAAGGAUACCACUCCAAAUGAAGCUAUUACGAUAAAAAAAAUGGAAGAUAUUGAGUUAUUUUUUUUUGGUGGAGUUUUUAAUGAAUCUCCUGAUGACCUACUUACUUUAACUAUUCUUCAUGAAGCAGUUUUACUACGAUGCCUUUAUAUACGUUACAUGUCAGAUAUUGUUUACACCAAUAUUGGAGCUAUAGUAGUCGCUUUGAAUCCUUUUACAUAUUCUAUUCCACGUUAUCAAGAUACGGAAAUGAAAAAAUACUUAGCUGCAGGACGUAGUUUGAAUGCAACAUCUUUACCUCCAAAUUUAGUUCCACAUUCAUGGACUCAGGCGCAUAUUACAUAUUAUGAAAUGGUGGAUAGUGUAAGUAACCAAAGUAUUAUUGUUUCAGGAGAAUCAGGAGCAGGAAAAACUGAAGCAACAAAAAUAGUAUUAAAAUAUUUAGGUAUUAUUUCAUCACUUUCUGCUAGUGGUGAAGAUCAAAGAGCAUCUUUAAAUAUUGGUGAAAAAUUAGUUUCUUGUUCACCUAUUCUUGAGUGCUUUGGUAAUGCCAAAACUGUACGGAAUGAUAAUAGUUCUCGAUUUGGAAAGUUUAUGAAGGUAAAAUUUAACUCUAAACAUCUUGUGGUUGGUGCUGAAACUACUAAUUACCUUUUAGAAAAAAGUCGUGUCGUCUCUGCCGCAAAAGGGGAACGUUUAUAUCAUUCUUUUUAUCUUUUGGUUCGAUCAAAAGGGUCUAUGACACGAACUCUUAAUCUUGAAAGUGAAGCUCAAUAUAUAUCACUUUCUUCUGGAGGUACAAUGAAUAAUAGUGAGUAUAAUUCAGAAAGUGAUUUUAAUGAUGUUUGUCAUUCUAUGGAAAAAGUAGGAAUGACUCAUAAAGAGAUUACAUCUGUCUGGCGUGUUACUGCAGCUGUGAUGACACUACUAAAUGUUAGAUUCCUUCCAGAAGAAGAAGGUUGUUCUAUUGAUCCUAAAACUAUGAAUUAUGUUAAAAAAGCGGUUCGAUUGCUUGAAAUAGAUGAAGAAGCAUUAAUUCAUGAAUUAUUAACAAGUACUAGAGCUCUUCCUAAUAAUCAAUUUGCUUUAAAGAGAAAUGAUGUAGUUUCUGCUAUUGAUAUUCGUGAUGCUAUGUGUAAACAUUUGUAUCAGGGUAUUUUUUCAUGGCUUAUCGAUAGGUGUAAUAAUUUAUGUGAUGUUGAAAGUGAUGGAAAUUGGAUUGGCCUUUUAGACAUAUUUGGGUUUGAAGAUUUUAAAGUAAAUUCAUUUGAACAGUUAUGUAUUAACUUAACCAAUGAACGCCUUCAGUAUCAUUAUAACUUAAACAUUUUUAAACGUGAUCUAGAAGAAUGCAAAAAAGAAGGUAUUGAUGUUACUGAUAUUAAAUUUCCAGAUAAUACAGAAUGUUUAAACAUGCUUACUGCACAAGGAGGUAUUUUACCUCUUCUGGAUGAAUGUUGUUGGCUUGGAGGAGGAACAGAUCUUGGUUUCUUAACAAAGGUAGUGGAUAAACAUGAAAAGAAUCCAUUUUUUAAAAAGGAUCCUGUAUCUCGAGAUACAUUUUGUGUUCGACAUUAUGCUGCAGAUGUUACUUAUAAUGUAAUGGGAUGGAUUGAGAAAAAUAGAGAUACUUUAAAGGAUUCUAUUAAAACUAUCGUACGGGGAAGUCAUGAUAAUGUAAUUGCGCAUUGCCUUCCUGCACCUAUUCCAUUAUCUGAAAAGAAAAAAGGAGGAAAAGAAUUUACGGUUAGUGGAUUUUUUCGUAAUCAAUUAUCAUCACUUAUGGAUCUUAUUGGUAGUACAAAUCCUCAUUGGAUUCGUUGUAUUAAACCUCAUCCUUUAAAAAAACCAAGAAUGUUUCAUGGUAGAGAAACUAUGAAUCAAUUAGAAUCUAGUGGAGUUCUUGGUACUAUAAAAAUACGAAAAGCUGGUUAUCCCGUACGUCUUCCACGAAAUAUCUUUUGUCAUCGAUAUCGAUUAUGUAGUUCUUUACAAGAAGGAAAUGAGAAGGAACUUGUAGAAGAUAUCAUUAAACGAGCUCAAUUAGAAAUACCUGCUCAGGUUCAAUUAGGUUCUACCAAAGUAUUCCUUAAAUCAGAAGCGCAUAACAUACUUGAAAAACUACGAAAUCAACAUUUAUUACAAACUUCAAUGCUUUUACAACGAAUUUCUCGUGGAUACUUGGCACGACAUAAACUUUUCUUAGCUCACCUUUUACUUCACAAAGCUGAGCAUCUUCGAAAGAAAUUAGAAAGGGCGUUGAAAGAAGUAUGGGAAAAAGAGAAACAGUUCCGAGACUCUUGUAAAAGUGAAGAAGAACAACUAUGGGGCUCACUUAUGCAAUUAGAAAAUGAAAAGCGAAGUGUUCAAAUGGCAAUUGAGGUUGAGAGAAAAGAACGUAUUCGUAAAGAGGAAGAGAAACGUAGAAAAAGAGAAGAAGAAGAACGACGACGUAUAGAGGAAGCAAGACGAUUAGAAGAACUUCGUAAUAAAGCAGCUAUUUGUAUUCAACGUCAUGUAAGGGGUGAACUGGUGAGAAUUAAAUUAUAUCGAGUUCUUUUAGAAGAGCGACGGGCCGCCGUGGAAUACGAACGUGAACGCGCAUGUGAACAAGAACGGGUCAUAAUGAGAAGUAUCGAUCAUGAACGCGUCUUGGAUGAAAAAUCUUGGAUAGAAUGGUUGAAUACUGUAGAUCACCUUAAACGAAAGAAACAACAAGAUGAACAGCGAUUAAAUGAAAAAGCAUUACAAAAGAGACGUAUUUUAAUUCGUGAAUUAAUACGUAAAGAAGAUAAAUUUCGUUUACAUAUUGAAGUGGAAGAAAAUGAUGAACGUAUUGAAUGGAUGGCACGUUGUCAAGCUCUCGCUAAAGAUAUAAAGAAGAAAAAAUCUAAAGGACGACAACGUGUACAUCAGUUGCAUACCAGACAUGUGGAAUCUUUUCAACCAAAACAAUUAGAGGUCGAAAAUUUAGCCGAGAGAAGUGCCGCAUCGGAUGCACGUAUGAGAGAUUCAUUAGUAGAGUAUGCACUUUCACGUGCACGUCAGUAUGAGGAAAAACCAGAUGAAAAAGAAGGUAUAAGGUCUACAACUAAAAAUACGUUCUCUAAAGAUUAUACAGAGGAAUAUAUGUUUAAUCAAGUUCGGAAGAAAUGGCUACGAGAACAGGAAUGUAUGGAACAGGGAAUUGUUUCUCCUUCUACAGAACAUGAUUUAAGGCCUUCUGUAAUGUCAAACCCUGGUUUUAAGAAUCUUGUGGAUGUUGAUAUUAAUAAUAAUAAUAAUACUAUUAAUACUAUUAAUAGUAAUAAUAAUAAUCAAUUUAGUGCUCCUUAUCGAACAGUUGAAGCGUCGUUGAAGUCUAUUUCACCAUUAUUACAGUCUCCUUCCCAAUUUACACAAACUGCAAUGACUGAGCGUGGGAUUCGAACCGGUACUGAACCUUCAUGGAUAAUAGAUGAAUCCGAAGUAAAAAAGAACAAAAAAACUUUUGAUUGGGAUAGUGUUUUUAGAUAUUAG